AUACUAGCCGCCACCGCCACCGCCACCGCCACCACCACCACCUAUGAGCAGCGAGUCCCCACUGACGACUCCACCAUUACAUAAUACUUAGUACCCUCUCCCGUAUUUUAUUUCAAAACCUCCUUGAAUCAUCCCCAUUAAAUCCCAGCUCAAAACAGAUCUCCUCCCCAAGCUCCAAAAACAAAACAAAACAAAAAAUGUCGGGAGACAACUCUACCUCUUGCGUUGGAUCAAUGUCCCGAACCAAUCCUUCUUCAUCCCCCGGGAAUGAAAACGACUCCUCGGAUCCUUUGAUUCAGUUGCCAGCCGGCCCUUCUCCUCCUUCUCCUCCUUCCAGGGCACCGCUCAAUUCCAUUCCCGAUCCAUCCCAAAUUCAACAUGACUUGGGCCAUAAUAAUAACAGUAACAAUAAGGAAAAAUCUGCCUCCGGUGCUGGCACUAAAUGUAAAUCCGACGCUGCUGCUCAUACUCCUCCUCAUUCUCUUACUCCUACUACGCAAAAACUACAGCAAUCACAUCAGCUUCUGGUCGUCUCAAAUUCCAGACCAAACGCAACCCCCAGGAGAGGACCCAAACCUACUUCCGACCCUACUUCUGCUCCAGCCACUCCCGCUUCUUCUUCUAAGCCCAUUCAACACCCCCUUAGGAUUUCCAAUGUCGGACCAAAAGGGGCCAUCUUUUCCAGAGGGAUUUCCGUUCCCUGUCCCGACCCCCACCAACUCCAGCACGUUCCCCAUUUCGACCUGCCUCAAGACCAUUCCUUUUGGAAACACCACAACGUCCAGGUCUUGAUUCGAAUUCGACCCAUAAGAAACAUUGAAAAGGUGUCCCAAGGCUACGCCAGAUGUUUGAGACAGGAGACUGCCAAAUCACUGGUCUGGCUUGGUCACCCUGAAACUCGAUUUACCUUCGACCACAUUGCUUGUGAAACUAUUUCCCAGGAAAAACUUUUCACUAUUGCCGGAUUGCCUAUGGUGGACAAUUGUAUGUCUGGAUAUAAUAGUUGCAUGUUUGCAUAUGGUCAGACUGGCAGUGGGAAGACACACACAAUGAUGGGUGACAUAGGUCAAAUGGCUGGGAAGCUCAAUGAGGAUUGUGGGAUUACCCCUCGCAUUUUUGAAUACUUGUUUACAAGAAUUAGUGAGGAAGAGAACAACAGAAGAAAUGAGGGACUCAAAUACAGCUGCAAAUGUUCCUUUCUGGAGAUAUACAAUGAGCAGAUCACGGAUCUUCUUGAGCCUUCAUCGACUAAUUUGCAACUCAGAGAGGAUUUGAAGAAAGGCGUGUAUGUUGAAAAUCUUACUGAGUACAGUGUUAGAACAGUUGAUGAUGUUCUGAGACUUUUGUUACAGGGUGCUGCAAAUAGGAAAAUUGCAGCAACUCAUAUGAACAGCGAAAGCAGCAGAUCCCACAGUGUUUUUACAUGCAUCAUUGAGAGUCGAUGGGAGAAAGACUCCAUGACCCACAUUAGAUUUGGGAGGUUAAAUUUAGUAGAUCUUGCUGGUUCUGAAAGGCAGAAGAGCUCUGGUGCUGAAGGAGACCGCUUGAAAGAAGCCGCAAACAUAAACAAAUCAUUGUCAACUCUUGGAUUGGUCAUAAUGUCUCUGGUGGAUUUAGCACAAGGGAAAAACAGACAUGUUCCCUACAGGGACUCUAGGCUAACGUUUCUUCUCCAGGAUUCCCUCGGCGGUAACUCUAAAACUACAAUUAUUGCUAAUGUCAGCCCAUCUAUUUGCUCAGCAAAUGAGACAUUGAGCACCUUAAAGUUUGCUCAACGAGCAAAACUCAUUCAGAACAAUGCUAAGGUUAAUGAAGAUGCUUCUGGUGAUGUAAUAGCAUUACAACGCCAAAUCCAACAACUGAAGGGUCAGCUGUCUAUUCUGUCAAAGCAUAGCCAUGAUUCAGAGUAUUUGUCCAAUCAUACACCAAGUUGCAAAGAAUCCUAUUUGGGAACCUUUCUUGAGGAAUUGGACUCAUCUGAGCAAAUGAUUAUGCAUGAUAAUCAUGGAACACAGAGUGGCAGAAGGAAGAAGGUGACGAUCUAUGACCUAAAUGAAUUUGAUGCUCUACAUAUGGGGUGGUGUAACUUCAUUACUUACAAAUGGCAGACAAUGUGCUCCAAAGCUACUUUACUUGGUGCCUUGAGAAGGGAGAAUCUGGCUGAAUUAGAAGUCAAGAGAUUAAAAGCAGAAAUGGAGCAGCUAAAUAGUUUGGUUCAUCAACUUGAAUUAGAUGCUCAACAUGCUAAAAUGAUUCUGAGGUCCCGUGAUGAAAGGAUAAAGCACCUGGAACUACUUGCAGAUGGUUUUGUCUCUGCUGAUGCUUAUAUUCUGAAUGAAAACAAUGCUUUAAGAGAAGAAAUUGGACUACUCCAAUCACGAAUUGGGAAGAAUCCGGAACUGACACGAUCUGCAUUGGAGAAUAUUAGACUUCUUGAGCAACUCAGAUUGUUUAAAGAAUUUUAUGGACAAGGAGAAAGAGAAACACUUCUAGCUGAAAUAUCAGAACUACGGGAUGAGUUAUCUGACAUUCUUGAAGCUGAAGAAAGCUGUGUACAUUCUCAUUCAUCUCCAUGCAAAGAAAAUCAGGAAACUAGAGCUGAAAAGGAAUUAAACAAACAGAGGGACUUGAAUUCUAACUUAGUCAGGGAAGUUGAUGAAUUGCAGAGGGAACUUGGGAAAUUUAUCGACUGUAACCUACCUACUUCUGAUUCAAGUUGUUUGCAGGCCAGAGAGAUGCUUCCCAGAAGUUGUUCUGUAGAUGAAUUGGCAUCUUGCAUCCUACAAGAGGAAUGUGCUUCAUUGUGUGAGGAUGGGCAACACAUGGAGAGAGCACUGGUUUUGCAGUGCAGUGAGAUUCAAAAAGAGCUGAAGGAUGCAAGAUCGGUGAUCGAAGCUAUGGAAUCAAAGCAACUCUGCUUGAUCGAAGAGCUAGAAUUUUUGCGCAAUGAAAAUGAUAAAUUGAUGGAAACGUUGCAAAAAGAGCAAAAUGGGGAGGGCAAGCAUAGGCCUGAACCUGAGCACUGUAAUAUGCAGAGUGGUUUUGUACUAGACGAAGACUUAAAUUUUGUUACAGAGGGUGAAAAUGACUCCUGCACAUUGGUCUUGCAAGCUAAGUUGGUCAAGUUGUCUAAGGAUCUUCAGCAUGCUCAGUUGCUGAAUAGCCAAUAUCUAAAGGAUCAUGCCACGGGCUUAUCUCAGCAAUCCCAAGCUGAAUCAAUCCAGGAAGAUGUAGAGAUUGAAACAGCCAGAACAAUCCUCCACUUGCAGGAAGAGAUUGCUACACUGCAGUCAGAACUCCAAGGGAGAACAAAGUCCUUGGAGGAAGAAAAUAGAAGUCUAAGAAAUUGUAUAGCAGCAAAGGACGGUGAAAUGGAGGUAUUGUGUUCUGAAUGGGAAAGGGCAACUUUGGAGCUAACCAACUUUCUUUUAGAUGGCUCGAAGUCAAUUGGAGAUGCUUCUUCACAGAUAGAGAGUAUUGGUAGUUUAUUUCCCUGUGAUAAUGUUUGGGUCAGUGAACAUGUGGAGAGAGCUGCUAAAUUGUGUGUUGAGAAGGAAGAAAGUAUGUUUCUUCUAAAAAGGAGUUUGGAAGAUGCACAAACGACAGUCUUGGAGAUGGAUCAGAAAUUGAAUUCCUUGAGAGGUGCAACAAUGGUUUUGUCUGAAGCUCAGCAGAUAGAGCAUUUAGAAUCCAACCUGAUAUACCAUGAGGGUCCAAUAACUGAGGUUAAAAGAUAUGCCGAUUAUAAUUUCUUAGAGAUGAAAACAAAUUUCCAUCAGCCAAUGGUGGUUCUCUGGGACAAUGUUGAGAAGAACGUGCCAUCAGCUGAUGCACAUACUUCAGUGACAGCAGAGGUGAAUGCUGAUAUUGAGUUGGCACACUAUGGAUUGCUCGAGGCUGAGAGUGCAAUUAGCAUAUCUCGUGUAGAUGCAGAAAGUCAUUUUAUGUCCCUUCAGUCUGACAUCCAUGAAACAUUUUCUCUAUACAAGGAAUUAAUUCAGGAUCUUGUGAACGAUAUCCAUGAUAUGAGGAGGAACUUUGUGAAACUAAAUGUAAAUUAUGGAAGUGUUGAUAUUCAUACAUCUGGAAGUCCAUUAGUUCAUACCCUUAGGUUUCUUGAGCAUGAGAAUGGGUAUAAUAUGUUGCAUCAGAUUUUAGGUGAACUUGCUGAAGUAAAUAAAAGACUGAAUUCAAUGAAUGCAUACCUUUCUGGAAUUGUGUAUUCAUGUCAGUCGCCAGCAGAAGUUAACGGAUGGACCACGGAUUUUUCAAGUUCUAAUUCAUCAGCCGACAGUGGUCUUACAUCAAAGCAAAUUGCCGUGAAUCGUUAUGGUCAGUACCUCGAAAAGAAAACUGAACAAACAUUUGACCUAGAGCCUGAAGAAAGUUUCGUUGUUUCUUCUAAAUAUCAAGAAUCAGGACACUCAAGGCUAGUCGAAACACUGGAUUGUGAUCGACUAACUUCUUUUUGCUUGAGAAAGGAAUUCAGAGCAGCAUAUGAUGCUUUGUCAAAAAUAAAUGAUCAGUUGACUGCAAUUUUCAGUGUAGAAGACACAUGGGAUGGCUCUACCUCAGGUGUCUGCUUCACCAAUUCACAUUUAUUCAUCACAAACAAAGAGCACCACUUUGUUAGGGAUGAAAAUGAACAAGUGAUCAUGCCAAAUGCAGGUGCUAUGAUACAAAGUCAUGAGGAGAUAACACAGAUGGCUGAUGCUAGCUGCAGUCUUACAAGAGAGUUUAAUUCUUAUUACAAAAUUAAUCAGGCAGACAGCUUCUUUAGCAAAUUUGAGGAAGCUCAAGCAACGGUGAAGGAGGCUGAUUAUAUGUUAAAUGCUUUAUUGAAAUCAAAUGAUGAUGCAAAACAGUUGACUUCUGCUUGGAAACAGGUUGGAAAUGAGUUGAUGAUACAGAAAGCAAACUUGUUUGAAGAGGUCAAUCUACUGAAAUCCUCUAUUCAUUUUAAAGAGAGUGAAAAUGAAAUGCUGCAACACCAAAUUCAUUUCAUCCUGACAGAAAUUGCAAGUUUAAUGUUUCUGAUAGAAGGUUCCUUUCAAAAGGAUGUUGAAGAUCUGUGUAAGACUUCAUAUUGUGAUACCAUUUUGAUGGUAAAGGAGACACUCAACAACAUUUCCAGUUUGAGAUCAUUGUUGGAGGAGAUUUCAGCUGAGGUCAGGGAAAAUGGCAUUAUCUCUUUUGUGUUCAAUGAGCGCUAUUUGGGGAAGAUUUAUGAUGAAAUCAGAAGGCUAAACAAAAAUUCAGAUUUCCUUGCUUCAACUUGUGAAGGACUUACUGUUAUGCAGAACUCAGGAAAAGAGAGUGCGAGUUAUAGGAAUGAAAGCGAGGUUAAACUAGCACAAGGUGAAGAGGAAGGGUGUCAAUAUGAAUUUGUCAAUAGAUCAGAAGCAGGAGAGGAUGACCUGAUAAAUGAACAUUUGGAGCUGAAGAGAGAAGUGGAACGAAAAGAAGUUUUAUUGAAAGGUUUACUUUUUGAUUUAAGCUUGUUGCAAGAAUCUGCUAGCAGUACAAAGGAGGCCAAGGAUGAAAUUGAAAAGUUACAUGCAGCAUUGAACCAAGUUAGGAAUGAGCUAAAGAUGAAAACAAGUCAGCUUGAUAACAUGCUUAUAAAGCAUAAAACACUUGAAGGCCGUUUAAUGGAGGCUGAAAAUGCUUUGUGUGUCUCACAUUCUGAUUUAGAGGAGGUGAGAGGCACAUUAGAUAUCUUGUCGGAAGAAAAUGCUGAGUUGAGAAUGCUCUUAAAGGAUGUUUAUCUAAAGAAGUCAGAAACAGAGCAACAACUGGAAGAACAAAGAGAAAGUGUGAAAGACUUAGAAGAUGAAAUCCUCCGCAUGGCUUCUUCAGCAGAGGAAAAAAUGGCCUCUUCAAUAAAAGACAUCAAGGAUGAUAUGAAAAGGGUGACUGCAGAAAGAAAUCAACUUCUUGAUCAACUUCAAUCUCUACAGGACAAGCUCGAUAUUGCAUAUGCAGUAGCUGAUGAAAAGGAGGCUAUCGCCUUAGAAGCGUGCCAGGAAUCAGAAGCUAGUAAAGUGUAUGCUGAGCAGAAGGAAGAGGAAGUAAAGAUUUUAGAACACUCAGUGGAGGAACUUGACAGCACCAUCAAUGUACUGGAAAAGAAGGUUUCUGAAAUGGAAGAAGAGGUAGAAAGAUAUCGCCAAGUAAGAGAUUCUUUGGAAGUGGAACUCCAUGGUCUGAGAGAAAGAUUGUUGAUGGUUGAAAGCAUAACUGAAGAUUUGGACUCAAGUAGAGAGCUGUCAGAAAAUCAAUUCUUGAGAUCUAGGGGAAGUGUGGAACUUCACGAGGCUCUGAGUCAAAUAAGAAUUCUUGAAGAAGAAAAGGAUAAACUAGCUAAGGAGAUCAAGCAAUAUAGAGAAUACAUCUCUGAAGUUGUUGUGCACGCUGAAGCCCAGGCAUCGCAGUAUCAACAGAAGUACAAAAGCUUGGAGGCAAUGAUUCAUGAAGUCAGAACAGAUUCAUCCGAUGUAAUAUGUGGAGCACCAACGCUGGAUAAAACUGAGAAAACUUCAGUGAGAUCAAGGGGCUCAAGCUCACCAUUCAGAUGCAUUGCAAGUUUGGUGCAGCAGAUGAAUAUGGAGAAAGAUCAGGAAUUGUCAAUUGCCAAGUUUCGUAUAGAAGAACUCGAGGCAUUAGUGGCUAGUAGGCAGAAAGAGGUAUGUUUGCUGAACACUAGACUGGCUUCAGUGGAAAGCAUGACUCAUGAUGUCAUUCGGGAUCUGCUUGGUGUCAAAUUAGACAUAACAAACUAUGCGGACUUGGUAUCUCAGAAUCGGCUUCAAAAGUUAGUUGAGGAGGCUCAGCACCAAGCAAAGCAAUAUAUUGUGAUGGAGAAAGAAGUUCUGGAGCUGAGGAGGCGAAUCAAUGACUUAGUCGAGGAAAGAGAAAGAUGCGUUUUGGAAGUAAAUAGAAGAGAAGCGGACGUCCUUGCCACACAUAUGAUCCUAGAACAAGUACGGGAACGAGAUCAGUUGCUGUCUGCACAAAAUGAGAUGUUAAAAGCAGACAAAACAAACUUACAGAGGAGGGUUGCUGAGCUAGAUGAUAUGGUGAAGAAACUGAUUGGUAGACAGAAUAUUGUUGUGCAAAAGCAGCAACAAACGAGUAGCUUUGCAAGGCUAAAAGGAUAACAGCCUUAGCAAGAAGCUGAGUGCUAAGAAAAAUUUCUAUGACGGGGCAACAAUUGACCUGCUCACUGUCAGAUGAUUAAACCCAGGUAUCCAUAAAUGUAAAUCUGUUUUAACAGGUAGAAGAGGUCAUGGUAUCCAUAAAUAUUUGCCGUGUGCUGCACAUUCUGUUAACUAUUGAAUAGCCUGGAGUUGCUGGAGGAAAGGAAAAAGAAUGGACGAUUAGAGAAGCCUUGCCUUGGGUUGCAUCCCGUGUUAAAACGUCAGAGUUAUGAAACAUCAAACUUCUGUGGAGAAACUUGGAGAAACUUGCUAGGCUCCAUCUUAUUACCGGUGUGCAAUUGUGCUGCUUCACUGUUUUGGAAACAUAGAUACCAAAUCAUGUAUAGAAUUUAUUUUCUGUUAUGUGCGGAGAAUGUACAAAAUUAGAGGUUUGGGUUUAAAUCUCUCAGUCUCGUCCUCGUUUUUUUAAUUCCAUCUCCCCCUUGUGAGGAAAAAAAAAAGAAGUAAAGUUUAGAGAAAGAUCAUCUUUUUCUUUUGGAG